AUGGGUGCUUUCGUCUCUCAGCCAUCCGCCUUCACCGAGGCCGACAAGCAGGCUCUCGAGAAGCAAAUCGCCGACAAGACAGAGACCAUCAGCGUGCUCGAGGGCGAUCUCGCCAAGAAGGAGAAGGAGUUCAACACAACAUCUGAAGAGGCCAAUGACUUGCGCAAGAAGAUUGACGAGCUCAACCGCCAGCUCGAGGCCAGCGGCUCCGAGGGUACCGCCUCCCAGGCCGAGCUCGCGUCUCUGAACGCUCGCCUGCAAAAGGCGGCCGAGGAGAGCAAGGGCUUGGCAGACGAGGUCGCACAGCUCAAGCAGCAGCUGUCCAAGGCCGAGAGUGACAGCGCCGGCCUCAACUCCCAGAUCGCCGACCUCAAGACUCAGCUGGCCAAGGCGACGGAGGAACGCGCUUCUCUCGAGGCAUCAUGGAAGAAGGAGAUUGAGACCCUCAAGGCCCAGGCCGCCGAGACCGACAAGAAGCGCGCCGAGCUGCAGGAGGCCUUCUCAAAGCUGGACGGCGACAUGGCUGCCGCCAGCAAGGCCCUCGAGGCCCAGAAGAAGGCUACCACCGACGCCGAGGACAAGGGCCGCACCCUGUCCGAGACAAACGACAAGCUCAAGGCGGACUCGGACGCCAAGCUUGCUGAUCUCAACAAGACCAUUGCCGAGCUGCAGACUGCGCAGACUGCCGCCAAGAAGGAGAUUGACGAGUGGAAGGCAAAGCACGACAGCCUCGAGGCCUCGAGUGCCUCUGCGUCAAAGGAGGCGAGCGCUGCCCAGGAGCAGCUGAAGAACGCGCAAGAACUCAACAGCAAGCUCGAGGCCAGCAUUGCCGACGCCAAGAAGCAGGUCGCCCAGCUCGAGGAGGCCCAGAAGAUGAUGGAGGCAGACCACGCCGCGCAGCUAAAGGAGGCCACCGCCAAGACCGACUCGCUCGAGGCUGGCAAGAAGUCCCUUACAGAGGAGAAUGAGUCGCUCAAGAAGGCUCAGGAGGAGGCCAAGACUACAUUGGCCGAGUCCAGCUCCAAGGCCCAAGACGCGGAGAAGAAGCUCACGGCUGCCACCGCGGAAGUUGAGGCUCUGAAGAAGGCCCAUGAUGAGGAAAAGACCAAGUCGACUGAGGCUUCCAAGAAGGUCGAGGAGUCUGCGGCCAAGGCUGCCGACGCUACCAAGCAGCUCAAGGAGGCGGAGAGUAAGCUCCAGGUCGCUACCGACGAGUUGGCGGCGUUGAAAAAGGCACAGGAGGCGUCGGAGGCCAAUGCGGCUGAUGCGUCCAAGAAGACGGAGGACGCUGAGGCCAAGGCGGCCGCUGUCAGUAAGAAGGUUGAGGAGGCUGAAGCCAAGGCUGCUGAUGCUUCCAAGAAGGUCGAGGCGGCAGAGGCAAAGGCUACUGAUGCUAGCAAGAAGGUCGAGGCGGCAGAGGCCAAGGCCGCCGAGGCUAGCAAAAAGGUUGAGGAGGCUGUGUCCAAGGCCGCCGACGCGUCGAAGAAGCUUACCGAGGCCGAGUCAAUGGCUGCCGCUGCCACCAAGAAGGUCGACGAGGCUGAAGCCAAGGCUGCCGCUGCCACCAAAAAGGCUGAGGAUGCCGAGGCCAAGGCUGCGGAAGCUUCGAAGAAGAUUGGGGAGGCUGAAACGAAGGCUGCCGAUGCAAGCAAAAAGGUCGACGAGGCCGAGGCCAAGGCCGCUGAUGCGUCGAAGAAGGUUAGCCAGGCCGAGUCCGUGGCUACUGCUGCCACCAAAAAGGUCGAGGAGGCUGAAGCCAAGGCUGCCGCGUCGAGCAAGAAGGCCGAGGAGGCCGAGUCCAAGGCUGCUGAGAAGACCAAGGAGGCCGAGUCGAAGACUGCCGCUGCCACCAAAAAGGCUGAGGAUGCUGAGUCCAAGGCUGCCGCUGCCACGAAGAAGGUCGAGGACGCCGAGUCCAAGGCAUCAAAGGCUCUGAGCGACAACAAGGACCUCGAGUCAAAGGUCGCCGACCUCCAAGUCCAGGCCAACAAGGCCGCGGAGGCCGAGAAGGAGAAGAAGGCCCUCGCCGAGAAGGUGGAGGCUCUCGAGGCCAAGAUCAAGGCCAUUGAGCUCGAGGCCGCCAAGGCGACAAAUGGGAAGGCCAAGGAGCCUACCGACGCGCCCCAGGACACGGAUGGUGGUGCGCCCGUGGAAGCUGUCGCCGCCUAA